AUGCGUCCUUCCACUUAUGCUGCGUUGUUCGCCGGUACUGCCAUUGCGCAAGAGUCUGCGACAAUCUUCAACCUCUUCCAGUUCGAUAGCACCCUCACCGUGCUUGGUUCCGAUGCCAGCGCAACAACCUACCAGAACAGCUGUCCUUCAGACAAUGCGGGUAUCUCUGCAGUUCCGACCGAUAUGCUAAACACGGAUGACCCGUCUGCGCCUGAUUCGACUCCGAUGCCCACACCCGCGCCUCGCAUGCGCCGUCAGGACGAUGCUUCCAGCGAUGAUUAUUCCCUCUGCGAACCUUACACCAUCAUACAAGGUUCUGAGACAUAUGAGAUGCACCUCACAGACCCGAGUCCAGGCGCAUGGACUGUAGACAUCGCCUGCAGUUGGCAAGGUGCGAUGACAACAGCUGACCUAACCUGUGAUGCCACCAAUCGCGGAAGCAUCCCAGGUCUCAGUACCACCGAGACGAAGAGUGUUUUGUCGGCAAGCGAGCUACAAGAUAUGGAAGCUUACCAGGUGGUGGCUUUGGUGACUGCAAGUGGUGCGUCUUCGUCGGGAUCAGCUUCAGCGACUCAAACUUCAGCAUCUACUGGCUCAGGGACAGGAGCGACAUCACCUUCAAGGUCUGGAUCUGGUACCGCUGCAACGAGCACUGGUCUUGCACCUGCUGGAUCAAUCCCAAAUGUGAUGGCCCUGGUCGGAGGUUCCAUUGGUGUUUUUGCUGCAGCCAUAGCUUUAUCUAAGCAUGAUCUCCUGGGUGAACUAUCUUGGGCUCAGUCGCUUGCAGCUUUCCUGCGUCGCGAUCGAGACAACUGGCGCACACUCGCCCUCAAGCAAGAACAGGACCUCAAGGCCGCACAUCAAGACCUCGAAGACCAAGCUCGCAGCAUCUUGAAGAUGGAACAAGAGUCGGCUAAACUCAGGUUCCGCCAUGAGGAGGACACGAUAGCUGGGAGGCAACUCUAUUCGCGCUUCCAUGUACUCAUCUCCAAGCAUGACAAGCUUGUGGAUCAAUUCAACGAUGCCAUGCGUACCGUCGCUCGCCUUAAGAAGAGUGACCGAACUAAGGGCAAGGUACAACAGCGUAAUCUGAGAUUGAAGGCUACACUGCAACGUUACACAUCUCAAGUUACCUCGGCUGCUACUCAAGCGGCUGCAGACACAGAGUCCACUCUAAGGGAAGCACUCGCUUUGGCUAAUGAGCGAAUUGAGGAGCUGGAGACAAAGGGCGAGGCGAUGCUUGAUGCCUUGGAGAGGCGCAAUGAUAGCUGUGACAGUGAUGAUGAAGAAGAGUUGGAGCGAGGAGAUGUCGAAGCAGAGCUCUUGGGAGCUGAAGUGGCAUUCCGCGGUGUUCUCGAAGACGAAUCUUUCAAGGAGCAGAAAGAGAUUUGGCUGAAUCUGUUGAACGAUUGA